AUGCAUUUGCACUACCUUUCGCUUUUGGCCAUAGUAGGGGCUGUCCAGCCUGUUAUCGGUGCGCCUCACCAGACUCGAACCGAGGGAACAUGCAAGAAGACUAAAGUUGCAAUCUUGGGAGGUGGUGUGACUGGUAUUACUGCUGCUCAAGCACUGACGAAUGCUUCCGUGCACGAUUUCGUGAUUCUCGAGUACCGCGAUACUCUCGGCGGUCGGGCUUGGCACAAGCCGUUUGGCAAAGACAAAGAUGGGAAGCCCUAUAAUAUUGAGAUGGGUGCCAACUGGGUGCAAGGUAUUGGAAGCGAAGGAGGCCCACAGAACCCGAUCUGGGUCUUAGCUCAAAAAUACGGGCUGAAUACCGAAUUCUCAAAUUACGACAACGUAUCUACCUAUAACAAGGAUGGGUAUUCUGACUAUAGCAAUCUACUGGACGCCUAUAACGAGGCCUAUGAUAUUGCCAACCAAAAGGCAGGUGAGAUUCUUACUCAGAAUCUCCAGGAUCAAAACGCCAAGUCAGGUCUUGCCUUGGCUGGUUGGAACCCCAAGGUACACGACAUGGAAGCACAGGCUAUUGACUGGUGGUCGUGGGACUUUGAAGCUGCUUACUCCCCAAUAGAGAGCUCAUUUGUCUUCGGGUGUGCGGGCGACAACUUGACCUUUAAUUAUUUCAGCGACCACGAUAACUUCGUUCUUGACCAGCGUGGAUUUAAUGUGAUUUUUAAAAAGCUUGCAUCGACUUUCCUCGCUGACAAUGACCCACGCCUUCACCUGAACACCGAGGUCACGAACAUCACAUAUUCUGACCAUGGUGUCACAGUUCACAACAAAGAUGGCAGCUGUGUAGAAGCAGACUAUGCUAUCACCACAUUCUCACUGGGAGUUCUGCAACGUGGCGCUGUCACCUUCUCCCCAGCACUCCCAGAUUGGAAGCAGGAAGCUAUUCAUAAGUUCACCAUGGGAACAUACACCAAGAUCUUCUUCCAGUUCAACGAGACCUUCUGGCCUUCGGAAACGCAAUACCACCUCUACGCCGAUCCUGUAACCCGUGGCUGGUACCCGAUCUGGCAGUCACUAUCCACUCCCGGAUUCCUCCCGGAUUCCAACAUCAUUUUCGUAACCGUGACCAACGAGUUUGCUUAUCGAGCCGAGCGCCAAACAGACGAGCAAACCAAGAAGGAAGCAAUGGAAGUUCUCCGCAAGAUGUUCCCGGAGAAGGAUAUUCCCGAUCCAACUGCAUUCAUGUACCCACGCUGGAGCUCAGAGCCCUGGGCCUACGGCAGCUACUCCAACUGGCCUCCUGCCACAUCUCUGGAGAUGCAUCAGAACCUCCGCGCCAACGCCGGUCGGCUCUGGUUUGCCGGCGAGGCUACCAGCCCGACUUUCUUUGGGUUCCUUCACGGUGCAUACUAUGAAGGACUGGAUGCAGGCCGACAAAUCGCGGCUAUCAUGCAGAACCGGUGUGUCAACGCUGACUCUGCCAAGUUGAGAGAGUGUGGGCCUCGCGAGCACUAUGAGACCCUGCAUGGCACCUCGCCUUAUUCCGACUACACUAUGCUCAAUGGAUGGGCUGUGGACAGUUCGAUUGAUAAUAACCCCGAAUAAGCGGAGAUAUAGAAACUGGGAAUUCAUGUACGGGAUUGCAAGUUUUGAAGUCAAUUAAUUGAGUUUAUUCAACAUCAUAAUUGUAGUCUCCAUGUUCGGAUAUGAACAGAGCUCAAGGAACCCCCAAGAGAGCUGAUUGUUUGUGUUUUCGUCCAAUGUUAUCACGUAUUAUCACGUCUUUCUUCUCUCCUGUUCUCAA